GAAUGUGCGUUCACUCACACAGUACAGUAGUCUGUUUCCGAUAGUGAUGAUUGGCUGAUUUAACUUCAAUUUGUCUUCUCCUUUAUUUGGAUUAUUUAUUUUGAUUUUUUUCUUGUGUUAAUGAGAUUGAUUUAUGUGCUGAAAGACAUACCGCUUAUUUAUCACCAUACACAUUGUUUCUAAAUUCUUUUUGCUUUCUUGUAAUUCUACAUUUACAUAUUCUUAUAAAAUAAUAAAUAAAAUACAUUACUGAAAUAUAUUAUAUUACAUAAAAAUCGUGGAAUUUUGUGCAAGUGUUUUAUCUAUUAUAAUAUUAUAUAAUUCGAUAAUUUGAAAAUUUUUCUAUUAUUUAAUUAUAUAUGUGUAUUUUUAUUCGUGAGGAAAUCCAAAUAUUAUAGAACAAUAUAUCGGUAUCUGAAAGAAUAAAAAUGGAAGUAUACGGUGGAACAUUAACAAGAAAUGAUGGACUUAAUGUUCGUGCAAAAGUAUAUGAAAUUCAAUUUUUAAAAUCAAAAUGACAAAUUUGAACAAUAUACAAUUUAAUUUAGAUGAGUGAAUGUCAAAAAGCAAUAUCUUUCUGCUAUUUUAUGUAGUGAAACAAGUGAAACAAUUUCACGAAAAAAUUUUUUCGAUUUGUCUUAAACUGUGAUUUAUUAAUGAUUAUAAAGAUCGUAAUUUGUUGAUUCAUCAUCAGAUCAGAUCAACAGAAUAGUGUAUUUGCCGGUGAUAAUAAUUUUUAUAAUCACGAUUUAUUGUUAUUUUCUGUGCAUAAAUAUGUAUUAUUUUUGAUUUAAAUAUUCGGGCAUCGAUAUCCGAUUAUUUUAGCGAAAGAUUCCGUUUGAUAUAGAAGGAAAAAAAUUUGACAAACGUGAAAGUCAUUAUGGAAACAUCGGACGACGAUUCUUAUGAUUUUUGGAAGAACUGGGAUUUGAAGAAUUUAACGGAAACCGAAUAUUUGGCUAAAGUACUUGGGCCUAAAUAUUUAUCUAUGAGAAUGGUGAUACCGCUCACGAUAAUAUAUAUGAUAAUUUUUGUAACUGGUAUUUUCGGGAAUAUCGCUACAUGUACCGUAAUCAUAAAAAAUCCUGCAAUGCAAACGGCCACCAAUUACUACUUAUUCAGUCUGGCCAUAUCUGACCUUAUUCUACUUGUAUUGGGAUUGCCUAAUGAGCUGAGCCUGUUUUGGCAACAAUAUCCAUGGGUUCUAGGAGUUAGUCUUUGCAAAAUCAGAGCAUACGUAUCGGAAAUGUCUUCUUAUGUAUCAGUCCUUACGAUAGUAGCUUUCUCUAUGGAAAGAUAUUUGGCUAUUUGUCAUCCGCUUCGUGUUUAUACGAUAAGCGGUCUCAAAAGACCGAUACGUUUCAUUUUAGCUGCUUGGUCGAUUGCACUGAUUUCUGCCAUACCAUUUGCAAUUUAUACGAAAGUCAACUUGGUCGAAUAUCCACCAGAAUCAGGGAAUUAUUCGGCCGAUUCUGCGAUUUGCGCUAUGCUUUUACCAUACAUGCCUGAUUUCCCUUUGUACGAGUUGAGUACUAUUAUAUUCUUCUUGAUACCAAUGCUAAUUAUCUUGGUGGUGUAUACUAGAAUGGGUUUGAGAAUCAGAAAUAGUACGAAAGAUACUUUGAACUCUGUGGUACAAGGCGCUAUUCACGGAGAUUCGAGACAAAUUCAAUCUCGAAGAUCUGUGAUUAAAAUGUUAAGUGCUGUGGUUAUUUUAUUUUUUAUUUGUUGGGCUCCUUUUCAUACUCAGCGAUUACUCUACGUUUAUGCGCAAGAAUCUGAUUAUUAUCCAGACUUGAACGAAUGGCUGUAUAUUUUAAGCGGAUGUCUCUAUUAUUUCAGUACAACUAUAAAUCCCAUUUUAUAUAAUUUGAUGAGCAUAAAAUACAGAAAUGCGUUCAAACAAACAAUUUGUUGUAAAACGAGGAUAAGAGCCAGAAGAAGUUGGGUUACGAGAGAAUCUCAAAUGUGUAAUAACAGUUCGAGCGAUAAAGCACGAAAUUCAAGCUUCAAAUGUUCUAUGAGAUAUACUAUUAAUCAAGCGAAAGAAAUGUUUCGAUUUACUCCAAGUCAAGAAAAUGGUGGCAGAGAUAAAAACAUGAACGAUAAUGUUCCUCGUAAAUCAUACAUGUUGAAAAAAGAGGAUUCCACAUCGAGACCUCUUCUUAAUCGAAUGCAUUCCGCACAAGAAAAAUGGGAGAACAAAAAUUUAGAAUGUAAAAUGAAAGAUGAAAAAUCCACGUCUACAUCCAGCAGCAUUUUGUAACUUAAAUUGUACAUUUUUAGAUAUUAAAUUAUUGUAUAUAAAAUAAUGUUAAAUUAAGUUAAUUUUAAGUUAAGUAUCCAUUUUAUUUAUUUUUUGACGAUAUAUAGUUGUAUUUUUAAAUUGAUUUUUAUUCGAUUAAUAAUUAUAGUAUAAUAAUAGUAAAAGUAGUUUUAAUAGUAAAUUGUGAAAUUCAUAAUGUACACAAGAUAGACACAAAUAAACAGUAUUUUUUCGUCAUAUUU